CGUGCAUGGCGGGAUUGUGGAGGACCAGGCCGUCCGUCCGUCCCUCCGUUGGCGCCAUCACCCGCAGCCGAAUAUCCGCGGAAUAAACCCCCUCCUCCCUCCUCCCCCCGCUCGAGACGGGCCAGGAUGAAGGAAGGAAGGAAGGACAAGGGAUGCCGAGCCUUUGGAACGGGAUAAGCGCCGGGCUCGGCGGCUCCUGGUUCAUUGCCCGGAGAGCCCGUGAGAGUUAGGCCGACCCUGUAGGACGUCACCCAUCGCUAUGCCUGCUGUUUGGCCGACUCUUCUGGAUCUCAGCAGGGAUGAGUGCAAAAGAAUACUCCGAAAGCUUGAACUCGAAGCUUAUGCUGGUGCUAUCAGUGCAUUCCGUGCACAAGGUGACCUUACAAAGGAAAAGAAGGACCUUCUUGGAGAAUUGGCCAAAGUUCUUAGCAUUUCAACAGAACGCCAUCGUGCUGAAGUUCGAAGGGCCGUUAACGAUGAGAGGCUGAUGACUAUUGCACAUCACAUGUCUGGGCCUAACAGCUCGGCUGAAUGGUCCAUUGAAGGUCGUCGACUUGUCCCCCUUAUGCCCAGGCUGGUUCCUCAGACAGCAUUCACAGUGACAGCGAACGCUGUAGCUAAUGUAGCAGCUCUCCAUAAUGCCACUCUUCCAUCACCAGCUGAAACUGGUAACAAAGAAGUGAUUGUUUGUUAUUCGUACACAAGUACCACUCCCACCCCAACAUCAACAACAAUGCCCAGUGGGAGUGUCGCAACGGUCAAGUCUCCCCGGCCGGCUAGUCCUGCUUCCAACGUCGUCGUACUGCCAAGCGGAAGCACCGUCUAUGUCAAAAGCGUCAGCUGCGCAGAUGAAGAUGACAAACCUCGGAAACGAAGGCGUACAAACUCAUCAAGUUCUUCCCCUGUGGUGCUCAAGGAGAUUCCCAAGUCAGCCAUGCCAGUUGCCAAGUCAAUUGCAGUUCCCAUCGGAAGCAGCCCGAAAGUGAGCAACAUUAUGCAGAGCAUUGCAAACUCCAUUCCCUCGCACAUGUCACCGGUGAAGAUUACCUUCACAAAGCCCACAACCCAAACGACAAACACAGCUACUCAGAAGGUGAUAAUUGUAACCACAUCGCCGAGUUCGACGUUCGUGCCCAACAUUCUGUCCAAGUCUCACAACUACGCAGCAGUCACCAAACUCGUGCCAACGUCCGUCAUCACCACCACAACCCAGCGACAGCCAAUGGUCAUCACUGCCACGCAGCCACCCUUUACUGUGGGCAGCACUCCUUCAUCCUCUGCUACCGCCAUGUCACUGAUAUCAUCGUCAUCCUCUGUGGUAAUGUCAACAAUAGCUCAAGGUGCAUCUGGCACUGCGGUGAAAGUCACUGCAGCCAGGCUUCAGUCUCCUAAAACCCCGACCCAGAUCCUGACCCAGUUUCCCAAACAGCAGCAGCAGCAGGUUUCCCAGUCUCCACAGCAGCAGUCUCAGACCUCGCCCGGUAUCAAACCCACCAUUCAAAUCAAACAAGAGUCUGGUGUGAAGAUAAUAACGCAGCAGAUGCAGCCGAGUAAAAUUCUGCCAAAACCAGUCACAAUGUCUAGUGCGAGCACUUCCCCCAUCAUGGUGGUUAGCAGCAACGGUGCCAUCAUGACGACCAAACUGGUUACUACUCCAACAGGUACCCAAACUACCUAUACACGUCCUACAUUGAAUCCCACCAUCAGUGCCCGUAUGGCAGCUUCUCCAGGAUCUGCCACUUACAUGAAAACAACAAGUGGGAGUAUCAUCACUGUGGUACCUAAAUCACUCGCCACGUCACUUGGUGGAAAGAUUAUCAGCAGCAGCAUUGUGUCUGGGACAACAACAAAAAUAACAACUAUACCAAUGACCUCUAUGAUGUCGAAGCCAAAUGUUAUUGUUGUGCAGAAGACUGCAGGGAAAGGAACGACCAUCCAGGGUAUUCCAGGAAAAAAUGUAGUCACGACGUUGUUAAAUGCAGGGGGUGAGAAGACCAUCCAGGCAGUACCUGCAGGGGCAAAGCCAGCAAUUAUCACGGCAACCAGACCGAUCACUAAAAUGAUUGUGGCCCAGCCAAAAGGAUUGGGUUCGACAUUACAACCCACCACAAAAAUCAUCCCCACUAAGAUUCUCUACGGACAGCAAGGGAAAACGCAGGUUCUAAUUAAGCCCAAGCCUGUGGCCUUCCAGGCUACAAUGGUGAGUGAGCAGACCCGCCAACUGGUGAGUGAGACUCUCCAGCAGGUAUCAAGAGCGACCGAGGGGAGCAGCAUGGCCGGUCAAGAAAGCAGCCUGAAGGAAGAAGCCCAAGCUUUCGCUGAGAGUGGCAGCGGGAGUCUGGUCUCCAGUGACUCUGUACAAAGCUCACACGGCAAAAGCCGAUCGUACAUCGAGGUACAGAAAACCCGAAAUAAUUAUUUGAACUCUCAGCAAGUGGUUCAUGUCAUUUCGUCCAGAAGCCAAGAUUGGAGCGAGCAUGAAGUUGCCAUGGACACCAGCCCCACUAUUAUUUACCAGGAUGUAUCUGGGGAAUCGCAGUCAGCAACUUCCACCAUUAAAGCCCUACUGGAACUUCAGCAAACAGGAAAAGAAAAGCUGGAGUCUAAACCUCGUCAGCCAACUAUUGAUCUCAGUCAAAUGGCAGUUCCAAUCCAGAUGACACAGGAAAAGAGACAGACUCCAGAAAGCCCGGCCAUUACUGCUCUCGAUUCGGAGCUGGCUUCUGAGUACUUCAGCGGUGGGAAAACCAUAAAAGUGGCAAUCGCCAGUUCGAGCAUUGGCUCUGGGGAAGUGGCAUUGGCCUCCCUUCUAUCAAGCGGUCAGCAGCAGCAGCAGACAGCACAGCAUUCCGGAGGGGUGAAAUCAGUCCCAGUAUCCUCCGCGAUCGCUGUCACACACAUUCUCCAGCAGAUCCCGAUAAAGCUGCAAGCGGUUACGGAGCAGGCCUCCGCAGCCAAACAAGAGGACUCGGAGGCUGAAGAAAGCGAAGUAGAAGAUGGUGACACGUUGGACCCACAAACUGGUCUCUUCUACAGGUCAAACAUCUCGAUGCUGCCGGCUCAGCCGCAAGAAAAGCCAGCUCUUCAACAUCGGGAGGUGGCGCAGACUAAAUUGCCGGCGCUGCAGAAAUCGGCGGUGGCUGCAACCCAGGCCGCGCAAGCCAUGGUGCAGGUGAUCGCAGUCAAGGCGCAACAGCAGCUUCCAAAACCGCCGCAUCAACCAAAAUCGCAGCCGCAGUCCCCACACCCGCAGCAGCAGCAGCAGCAGCCGGAGAAAUCCCAGCUAGCCAUUAAACAGCAGCCAGUCUCAACGGAGCAGCAUCUUCCUGGACAGGCACACCCUCCCAUCAUAAGCCAAGGAGCAACAGUCACCAAAAUAACCUUUGGGAAUUACCAAGCCACCACCAUCACGAAAAAGGCCUGUGGCAGCUCAGAGAGCUCAGUACUGGCAACAAACUAUUACACGGUGCAAUCUUCCAAAAAGUCCACGGAAACAGAUAUUUUAAAGAUUUCAAUGAUGGAGGCCCAGAUCGAAUUGAACGAGGAAGACGCUAGAAAAGAGAGGAAGUCCACCGUGCCGAAAGUGAGCGCACUGCAGUCAGCUCAUUCGAGUCAGUUCCAAAAAGCAGCUGCGGAAUCCGCGGUCAAAGACACGGAAGGCAAACAGAACCCACAGAACACACUUCCACCCAAGGCAGCAGAGGGAGCUGGAAAGUCUACUCAGAGCCACUUUCUUCAGAUUCAGAAUGUAACACGAGAGAAGUUUGAUGAAAUAUCUGCAGAUAUCCUUAUUCAGUCCAUACCACAGUAUUCCAUACCAAGUCAAUCCAGCUCGAAUGUAGUGGUCGAACCCAGUGGUCUUUUGGAUAUCACAAACUUUACCAGCCAAAGGAUCGCUGAUGAGGAGUCUGUACAGUAUUCAGCCAUGGAACAAGAUAUGGACAGUAGCAACGAGGAAGGUCCAGAGCCCAGUUCAACAGACAGCGUGGCUAGUCAGCCUCCUUGAAAGACCGGUUCUACUUCAGCAACUAACAUGUCCCACUGUGUCUUGAGAAACUUUUCCAUGAGGAGACAAGUGUUUGAGUUUUUUUUAAGAAUAUGUACAUAGAAACUGUUUUUGGUAGAAAAUAAGUUGUAAAGAAGAUUCUGUAUAUAUACAUUUAGAACUUUCAAAGUGAAAGAAGUCUUUUUUUUUUAAAGAUUGAAGAAGGCCCAAUCAUUUUCAUUUGACUGAAAACUAACCACACCAAGAAUUCUUGCCAUUCCCAAGAGAAACAAACGUUGGACAUAUUAUUGUAGCCUUUUGGGAAGCAGUCAAAAGAAGACGUACUAUUGUGUCGGUAGGAGUCCGGGCCUGGAGGUGGGCUCUCCCCAGGGGAGUAAAUAUCUCUGCACCAUUAAUAAUAAAAAACAAUUGACAAAUUAUCUCACUGAAGCAAGUUCCCACCUGAUAUCGAGACAUGUGGAAUAAUUACCAAUUUGCAUCUUUGCAUGCCCGCUAUGUCACACUCGAGAUUACUUGUUUAAGUCUAUCAUGCUAA